ACAUAUGAACAUAACCCAAUCUGAAGAUCAAUCAUAACCUUAAACCAUCUCUCAUAAUUUUAGUAUUUCUAUUCUCACCACCAAAACUCGUUGAUACAUCACACCCCAACUGUUGUUACUCAUGUCCUACAGAUCGAUUUACCGCACUCUUCGACCGGUACUAUCAUCUUCGGUACAAUCCUCCGGUUUAGGAAUUGGAGGAUUCAGGGGACAUCUCAUUAGCCACUUGCCCAAUGUUCGGCUAUUGAGCUCUGACACGUCAUCUCCGGUAAGUGGGAAUAACCAGCCAGAAAAUCCUAUCCGAACGGCCGAUGGUAAAGUUAUAUCCACUUAUUGGGGUAUACCUCCUACUAAGAUCACUAAACCGGACGGUUCAGCUUGGAAGUGGAAUUGUUUUCAGCCAUGGGAUUCAUACAAACCGGAUGUGUCCAUUGAUGUAACUAAACAUCAUAAACCCUCCAAUUUCACUGACAAAUUCGCAUAUUGGACCGUUCAAACUCUGAAAAUACCGGUUCAACUAUUUUUUCAGAGGAAGCACAUGUGCCAUGCGAUGUUGCUAGAGACGGUGGCUGCGGUGCCGGGAAUGGUCGGGGGGAUGCUUUUGCACUUGAAAUCUCUCCGGAGGUUCGAACAUAGCGGGGGAUGGAUCAAAGCUUUGCUCGAAGAGGCUGAGAACGAGCGUAUGCAUCUCAUGACUUUCAUCGAACUUUCACAACCCAAAUGGUACGAACGAGCGAUUGUGUUCACGGUCCAAGGCGUUUUCUUCAACGCAUAUUUCCUGGCUUAUGUAAUUUCACCCAAACUUGCUCAUCGUAUCACUGGAUACUUAGAAGAAGAGGCUGUAAAUUCUUACACUGAAUUUCUCAAAGACAUUGAUGCCGGAAAAUUCGAAAACUCGCCAGCUCCAGCCAUCGCAAUCGAUUACUGGCGGUUGCCUAAAGAUGCAACGCUUAGGGAUGUGGUUUAUGUUAUACGAGCUGACGAAGCUCACCACCGUGAUAUUAACCACUAUGCUUCGGUAAGGAGUUGUAUAGUUUAUUUGUCAAAAUGAUAAAACAAUGUGAUAUUGGUAUAAAAUGUAAAUUUCGUUACAAUAUGGAAUUUUAUGUGUGCAGGAUAUACAAUUCAAAGGACAUGAACUCAAGGAAGCUCCGGCUCCUAUUGGAUAUCAUUAAAGAUUAUGUGACAAAGUCACAAAGCUGUGUAUACAUCUAUGAACAUAUGUUGUUGUGGAUCUCCAUGAUAUUUUUAUUUUAUGUUUUCGAUUUAUUUAAAACUGUUAUUCGUUUUUAUUAGCUCAAUAUGGAUAUUUAAACCAUAUUAUUUUGUUACGAUUUAUGAACAUAGUACUACUCAUGUGUGUGUAAAAGAUCAUACUGCCUGGACACGAAGCGGAUAUCCGGAAAAAUUAUAAUAUUUGUUUUUUGAUUCGUUU